AUGUCGUCGUCCGGACUCGAUGAGAUUGAUUUAAAUUCUCUAAGGGUAAGUCUUUCCGAUUGACCACCCAACGAAACAAAAACUGCGUCACGUUUUUAUCCAUUCUCAUUGUCCGCGACGCGACAAGGGCACUUUGAUGGAAUUCGGCGUGCGCCGAUGUUCUCCUUGUCCUUUUUGAUUAUUCGAAUUCCGAAUAAUCAAGUGGGAACAGGAAGUGAGAAGCCAAGACGACUGCAUAUUUCGCAACUUCAACUUCGUGUUGUUGAUCCAUCUUCACAAAACAAAACGCUGACACAUUGAGCAAAAGCGAGAGCUAGUGUAACAUUUUUCAAAAAUCAUGCAUCUCUCCUCUUCUCUCGCUUUGCCAAUAUUCAAACUUUGGAAGGGGUGGAAUCACAACAAUAACAUUUUGUGUUUUCAGGACCCGGCCGGAAUCUUCGAGCUCAUUGAGGUUGUUGGAAAUGGAACUUACGGGCAAGUGUAUAAGGGUCGACAUGUCAAAACAGCACAACUCGCUGCAAUCAAAAUUAUGAAUAUCAACGAAGAAGAGGAGGAUGAAAUCAAGCUCGAAAUCAAUAUGCUCAAAAAGCAUUCGCACCACCGAAACGUGGCCACUUAUUACGGUGCGUUCAUCAAGAAGCUGCCAUCUUCGACCGGAAAACACGAUCAAUUAUGGCUGGUGAUGGAAUUCUGCGGAAGUGGAUCUGUCACCGAUCUUGUCAAGAACACGAAAGGACAAUCGCUCAAGGAAGAAUGGAUUGCCUACAUUUGCAGGGAGAUUUUGAGGGUGAGCAUGUGCGAGAGAGCGAUUCUGACGCGAGAUUUAUGUUUUCAGGGACUCUAUCACUUGCAUCAGAGUAAAGUGAUUCAUCGAGACAUCAAAGGCCAGAACGUGCUGCUGACGGAUAGUGCCGAAGUGAAAUUGGUGGAUUUCGGAGUGUCAGCCCAGCUGGACAAGACAGUCGGAAGAAGGAACACAUUCAUAGGAACACCGUACUGGAUGGCACCAGAAGUGAUCGCUUGCGACGAGAAUCCAGAAGCCACUUACGACUCUCGAUCAGACUUGUGGUCCUUGGGUGAGUAUGAAAACAACAUUGCUCGACAUCUAUGGUUGAUGUCAACGUACUACAUAUUUUUUAUGUUUUUUCACUGUUCCAAUAUUUGCUCCCUCGUUCGCCGAAACAUUUGUCGUGUUUAGAUCUGCUUUUCACUAUUUGCAUUUAUGUGUAUGGGCGCAAAAUGCGUAGAACACUGUCUUGGCACUGAACAGACAGACAGGCGAACAAUUGAGGGGGUGAAAAAUGGAAAAUGGCAUGCGGAAAAUGGUCGGAACAAAAAAUUAUCAAAUUUAGGAAUCACCGCGUUGGAAAUGGCCGAAGGUCAUCCUCCAUUGUGCGAUAUGCAUCCGAUGAGAGCGCUGUUUCUGAUACCCAGGAACCAGCCGCCCAAGUUGAACAAACGGAACAAGAAGUGGAGUAAAAAGUUUGAGUUAUUUAUUGGUGAGUGUCGAUGACGAACAUAGUGGGGUUAUUCUAUGUAUUUCAGAGACCGUUCUCGUGAAGGACUAUCAUCAGAGACCGUACACGGACGCGCUACUUCGUCAUCAAUUCAUCAAAGAUCAGCCUCACGAAAGAACGAUCCGACAUUCCAUCAAAGAGCAUAUCGAUCGGAAUAGGAGGGUCAAGAAGGAUGAUGUGGAGUACGAAUACUCGGGCAGUGAGGACGACGAGCCGUCACACAACCACCGUGGUCCAUCCGUCGGAAUCCGAGAUGACUCUGAAAACUGUUCAAUGGUUCCGAUGGAUAACACUCUGCGAAAAGGAUUCCAAAAAUUGCAAGAGAGCAGUCGUGGAUUCGCUGAGCCGGGUGCUCAACAAUUGCGUCGACUCCCACAACAGCCAGUUCCACCACCAGCACAGUAUCCUUCAAGGUAAGAAUUCCAUGUUAUUUUUGAAUUCUAAAAGAUCUUUCCAGAUAUGUCGCGGAGCCACGUCGCGACUCUGAUGUCAAACUGCGAGCUGUGUCAUCACGCGGAGCCGCCGAUGGACCACGUCAAUCUCCAGCGUCUAGGCCACGGCCAGUGAGUCAUCAUCAGGUUUUGUUUUGUCUUUUCCUUCUAAAAACGUUAACAGUCAGUCAUCGGAAACUAAUCAUAACAUUAAUGUUUGUGUCGGUGUUGUGACGUCUAAUUGCUAACUGUGCAUCGUGUAUCGGAAUGCUUCAAACAAACACAUUAGCGGGAUCGGAUUGUCGGAACAUGUUUGUGUUUUUUGCAGAGAUCUCCACAACAAUCGCAUCCGGCUGCUCCCCAUCUUGCGGAUCUGGCCAAUUAUGAAAAGAGAAGACGUUCAGAGCGUGAAGAGCGUAGGGAACGAGAGCGGGCGGCUCACCACGCGAUGCCAAUUGCUCGGGUCUCUGCAAGUGUGCCGGCUCCACAACAAUCUCGUAAAAUGUCCGAACCGCUGCUGAUCAGCCACCACGCCAAGCCCGAGGAUCUCGAUGCGUUGGCAAGCGAGCUCUCGAAGAUUGGAGGUCUUCGUAAUGGUCGCGGUCGCGAGGAGAGUAUGAGCCCGCCGCCGCCGGCUCCACCACCGCGGGAGGCCUCCAUCUCGACGAUCAACGACACUGUUGACGUGAGUGAAUUGGAAAGUGGAGCAGAUGCAGAAUGGGAUGAUUUGAAGGACAUCAUGCUGAACGGAGAGGGCACGCUGCGUGGGCCGAAUAAGCCGCUUCCGCCGACGCCGACAGAUGGCGAGAAUACACUCGUGUCUGAUGGCCGACGCAAUGGUAAUGGUGUUGAGCGGUCGGUGUUUAAGGCGAAAAGUGUUUCGGAGGUUAGUUGGGGGAUUUGCCACACAGACAAAUUUACGGAAAAAAAAUUUUGUACUAGCUAAUUUGAAAGAAAAAACCCUUUUCCAAGUAAGCAUUUUGAAAAUUAAUCGUUUUCUUCAAAAAUUGUUCAACAUUUUUAAACCCGGAUCGUGCCGAAUUUUGCCAAAUCUCAUGGAAAUAGUUUUGAUCUAGAACAGAUUCUAUCAUUCACUGUAUGACUUUCUCAAUCACUAUUUCAGGUCCGACCGGGAAUCAUCUCACUUGACGACGAUGACAGCGACUCGGACAACGAAGAAGGCAACGAGCCACUUAUGUUCAAGCCAAUUGUACGUUUUCGCUUCUUUCUGCGUCUUUUUUGCCGCCUACUCGCCGGCCACACCAAUCAUUUUCCAUAUUCCAGAACGCCUCGAGCUCUCGCGGUGCACUUCCGGAUCUUCUGCCAAAAUCACCACAACUCCGUCGACAACUGGAACAGUCCCGUCAAAUGAGUGACGAUCGAGCUGAUGAGGUGGGUAGCGAAAUUUAAUAUUAAUUGAAAAAAGAAACAAAAACUGAAUCUUUAUUAUUCAUAUAUGUAGAGCGCCUCCCUGUUCGGAAGUUUCUACGUAAGUUGAUUAAAACUUUUGAUGAGAGAUUUUGUUGUGGUUUCCAUUUCCAUAUGAAUAUUAUUAUUAUUUUGGGACCUUAUCCUUUACAAAAAAGUAGCCAUCCUGUGUUUCAUUCUUUCCUUCGGCCCUUUGGUUCAUUCAUUCUCCCUUUUCGUUGCAGUUACUCAUUCUGUUCUUUUGUCAGACACAAAAUGUGUUGUUGAAGUGAUUUCAAGAGCAUCAUCAUCUCGAACAAAGACACAAAUAAUUCAAAUUUCAGCAACCAAACGGCUUCCAAAACUCGGACAGUCGCGCAUCCAUCCAGCACUCAUUUUCAAAUCGUGAUCGCGAAAAGUCAUUUGUCGGAUACUUUGGUGGCGGUGCGGGAGCCGGAGGAGGCACAGUGAACAGGCCCGGAAGGCCGCAAGAUGUGAACCAGGUGCAGGUCAACGUGACCCCCAACUCGAACGGAACAACCGCCGAGAGCGACGCUCCGGAGAUUCGCAAGUACAAGAAAAAGUUCAGCGGAGAGAUUCUGUGCGCCGCCCUCUGGGGAGUCAACCUGCUUAUCGGAACCGACAGCGGAUUGAUGCUUCUUGACAGAAGUGGCCAGGGAAAAGUGUAUCCGCUCAUUAGCCGUCGCCGAUUCGAUCAGAUGACUGUUCUCGAAGGACAAAACAUUCUCGUGACGAUUUCCGGCCGGAAGCGACGAAUCCGUGUUUACUACUUGAGCUGGCUGCGUCAGAAAAUUCUUCGUACUGAGGUGAGCGGAUAAUGGGCGGCCUUCCCGCUAACGUAUAAUUUGUUUUACAGGGAGCCGGAAGUGCCAACACGACUGAGAAGAGAAACGGAUGGGUGAAUGUGGGGGAUUUGCAAGGAGCCAUCCACUUCAAGAUUGUUCGAUACGAACGAAUCAAGUUCCUGGUUGUUGGUCUGGAAUCUUCCAUCGAGAUCUACGCCUGGGCACCAAAGCCCUAUCACAAGUUCAUGAGCUUCAAGUCAUUCGGCUCAUUGACCCAUGUCCCAUUGAUUGUCGAUUUGACUGUCGAGGAGAACGCCCGACUCAAGGUGCUCUACGGGUCUCACGAAGGAUUCCAUGCGAUCGACUUGGACUCGGCAGCUGUCUACGACAUUUACACGCCUACGACGGUACAAUAGCUAAACUUUUUUUAAAAACAGUUUGCUUCAUAAUUCUAAUUACAGACGGGACAAACGACUCCACAUUGCAUUGUUGUUCUUCCAAACUCGAACGGAAUGCAACUUCUUCUCUGCUAUGACAGUCAGUUCCCAAAAAAAUAUGAAUUUUUGUAAUGAGAAACUUUCAGACGAGGGAGUCUACGUGAACACGUACGGAAGAAUGACCAAGAACGUGGUUCUGCAGUGGGGAGAGAUGCCGAGCAGUGUCGCCUACAUCUCCACGGGACAGAUCAUGGGAUGGGGCAACAAGGCAAUCGAGAUCCGAUCCGUCGACACCGGCCAUCUAGACGGUGUCUUCAUGCACAAGAAGGCGCAGAAACUGAAGUUCUUGUGUGAACGAAACGACAAGGUUGGCUUGCCACUUCGUAUCCUCAUAUUUUCUUCUUUCCAGGUAUUCUUCUCGUCAGCAAAAGGCGGCGGAUCCUGCCAGAUCUACUUCAUGACUUUGAACAAACCAGGUUUGACGAACUGGUAGAUGUGUCCAAAAAUGAAGAUAAUUUAAUAAUAAUUGUAUUCUUCCGCCUUCCCUCUUCCGUUUCAUCCCUGCUGUCCUCUGUCCAAAGUCAUUUUCUAUCCCCGAAAUCUCCAAAUGUUUUCCUUACUUUCCGCAACUGUAUUUCAAGAAAAAACCAGGAUUUCACAACUAAUCAAACACCUUUUAUCCGUUUCUCUAUGUACCUUUCCACACCUUAAAAAUUGCUCAUUUUGUGAUUGAACCGCUUUUUUUUAGGCAUUUCAUGUACACACUGCUGCUAUGAUCAGUAAAUCAAAAAAAAAUCCUCAAAAAAUGCUCAUAAUUUGAGACAAUUUACCUUGAAUUUUCGCGAAAUCCCUCAUCAAAUUGCCCUCUUCUUUUUUUACUGCUAAUUUCCAAUUCCCUGUCAAAAUAUUUAUUUUUAACUGAAAAUAAACAUUCUUUUCUUUUAUUCUCGUUUGAGCAGGUUGCUUACUGAUUAUAGAUGCUGUAAUUCUGAUAAAAUGCCUUAUUUCUACAACGCGUUGUUUUGUGGCGCAUUUUUUUAAACUUUCAAUCACGUGAACAUAUUGGUGCAACGCAACGCGUUCACUGGUUUGCGGUCUGCCGGGACCCGCCAUUCUGGAUCGAUAUCGGCCCGUCUCCUCGCACCAGUCCCAUUCUCAUCGUUCAUUUGCCCCCUAGCUCUCCUCUCUUCGUUUGUCCGUCAUUUCUCGUCAGUACACCGCCGUGUUUGCAGACAUUUGAACACCGUCUUCCUGUUUUAUAUGUAUUCCAUGUUAUCUUUCUAUUUUCAUUUUUAUUUCUUCACUUCUAUGCCUUUUUAAAGAAAAUACAUUUAUAAAAACUACUUUCAGAGGGAAUAAUGAGCUCAAAGUACCCCAGCCGACCAACCAAACAGAGAUACAGCGGAAGCGACGAUGAUACAACGGAAUCUCGAUUCUCUAUUCAACCAAAGAGUGCUGUGAGUGUUUUUGUGUUUUAAUUAUGAUGGAAUCAUUGUAUUUCAGUGGAGGGAGAGAAAGAUUCAGAACUGCUACACGGAAAAGAAGGGAGACAGACGCGGCGAACGCGAUGAACGCAGAAACGAUCGAUAUUAUGAAAAGGGACGGUCGGACAGAGACAGAAGAGAUUUGCGUCGAGAAUUGCAUUCGAACAGACACGAGGUACGUUUUUCUGAAAUUGUGAGAUCUGUUUUUGAGGGGAUUUCUUACAGAACAACUCCCGCCACCGUGUUCGUGACCGAUUUGAAGAGAGAGGCAGGGAUAGCCGCUACAAGACCAGCAAAUACGCCGCCAAAUCGCGCUCGCCAUCAACCGAUGACGAGAAAAGAGCCAGAAACAAGAAGGCUGAGGACCACAAGCGUGUUCCUGAAAAUUCGAGACUCUUUGACAGAAGUAAGUUCGGUCGAGUUAGACCAAGAUCAAUUCGAAUGGUUUCAGUUCUCGAUCCGAAUCACAACACGAAGAGUGUCCGAGUUCUGGAGGUGCAGGAUGUCGAGAUGUCGCCAGUUGAGUUGAGAGACGAAAACGAGAUCUCCACUUUCACUCUAGACGUUGAUUUCGGACCUGUCGGCCCAGCAAGACCAAAGAAGGUGGAUGAGGAUCCAGAGAUUGAGGAAGAGUUGCAGGAAGGAGAAUGCAGAACUGCGACUCCGCAGCAAGAAGAACCGAGAACUCCGACCCCAGAGGAGAUGAGGGAGAGAAGCGAAAUUCAAUAUUUGGAUGAUAGUACUGAGAUUCAAACCGACAUUGUAACGUCUGAAUCAGACGAGGAUGAUGAAGUCUUUAAUGACAAGUUCGCGAAGACUCCGGAGCGUGCUGACUGGGAGAAAAUGUCUGAAGAGGAAAAGAAGGUUAGUAACAUUAGAUCUGUACGGAUAACCUAUUAAAAUUUUCUUUCAGGCGCACAAACAGGCUAUUGAGAAGCGUCAAGAGAUGCGUCACAACGCAGCCGUCUCGAAACUUCCGGUCUACUAUCCAGGAGUGAAGGGAUGCCAACACAUUCACGAGUACUCCAUCCUCAACACAAUUGCCGAAGGAACGUAUGGGGAAGUGUUCCGCGGAAAACACACUCGGACUGAUGAGAUUGUGGCCCUGAAGCGCUUCAAAAUGGAGAAGGAGCGUGAAGGAUUCCCGAUUACGGCCCUCCGUGAGAUCAACAUGCUUCUCAAAGCAGGAAACCAUCCGAAUAUUGUCAACGUCAAGGAGAUUCUGUGUGGAAACUCGAAAAACGAGAUAUUCAUGGCGUUGGAGUACGUGGAACACGAUGUGAAGGGAUUGAUCGAUAAGAUGCGCGCCAAGAACCAAAGAUUCAGAACGGGGCAGCAGAAGGCAUUGAUGCUCCAGCUGCUAUCCGGAAUCGAGCACUUGCACAAAUCAUGGAUUAUUCAUCGCGACUUGAAGACGUCGAAUCUUCUUAUUUCCAACAGUGGAAUACUCAAAAUCGCCGACUUUGGACUUGCUCGCGAGUUUGGCGACCGCCCGCAGCGAAUGACUACGGUAGUCGUCACCCUCUGGUACAGAUCACCCGAAUUGCUGCUCAAACCGAAAUACUACUCAACUCCGGUCGACAUGUGGUCCGUCGGAUGCAUUAUGGCCGAGUUCUGUCAAAUGAGAGCAUUGUGGAUAGGAGAGAAUGAAGCCGAUCAGGUCACUCGUAUCUUCAAAAGUAUGGGCUCUCCAGACGAGCAUACUUGGCCGGGUAUUGAAGAACACGAAUAUUGGAAGCUGAUCAGUUUUGAUAAGUACCCGGCUGGAGGUCUGAAGAAGAAGCUCCUAGGACAAAAAUUGAUGAAUGAGACGGGAUACCACCUACUAAAUGGGUCAGUUUUCAGCCUAUUUUUAAACACUUUUUUGAGUAAUUUCUUUUCAGAAUGUUGACCCUGGACCCCAAUAAACGAUUCACGGCCACUGAAGCACUGGAGCACGAAUGGUUCAAGUGAGUUUGUCGGUUUUACGCAUUAACCAUUGACUUUCGUUCAUUUCAGCGAGAAGCCAUUUUCUGUGCCGUACGAGGAGUUGCCCACGAAUCCCGCCAGAAUUGAACACAAUGUCGCUCCAAAACCGAUGUCGAGAAAGGAGAGACUGGAAGAAAAUCUUGCGAAUGAGGACCCUGAGAGAGCGGAGCUGAUGAGACAGUUGAACGUCCGUCCGGAGCAUGUGAAGCCAAGUGCUUUCCAACUUAGAUUUUGA